AUGAGGCCGUUUCGAUAUCAGACGCUGCAAGAUGUGGAAGCUCUGGACGAGCAAGCUGAUGCACCCAGAUGGCCGCGAGCAGGCCGAUGGCUUUCCUGUUUUAUCUUCCAGUUGAUGCUUGUGGCCAUGCUCGCCUUGCGAGCACCCGCUGGGGGCCCUGCUGAAGCAAUUCAUGGAAUGUGGAACAUGCUUCGAAAAUUUAGCAUGUUCCAGUUCAGCAUGGCAAUGUAUGAAAGUGAGUUUGGAGACACAGAUCCGUUUCAGUUUAGAUGUCCAGUUCCUGGAACCAUCGCUGGCGGCAGCGACAAUUUGACUUGCUGCAGAACGUACAACAACAAAGGUUGGCCCUUCCAGUUUCGGGAGUGUGAAAACCUUGGCUUUUGCACAACUUGCUGGGUUGAGACUGAAAAAGCAUCCAUGCGAAAGCACUCUGCGAUCGACUUUGCGGGUGCAUCUUGGGCCGCAACCAUCAGUGUCAUGAACAAGGCGGAGGCGAAAUCUGGGUGGUUGAGCCAGUCUCUACAAAAUCUUUUCGGUAAUCUAGCUACUCCUACAAAGAACCAGGUUGACGAUGCACACGUGCGAGGCAGUUCGAUGCGAGUGAGGAUUGGCCAUGGCAUCAUGAAGGGAGAGACAAAUGCGUGUCCAGGUAUAGAUGACUGGCACAUCGACAUGUUGAAUGAAGACAAAGAAAACAUUCACGCACGCGUCUUCAAGUCUCCGCGAACAAAGUUGGCCAUUGUUGCCUUUCGUGGAACACAGUUCAAGUCCAUAAAGAACUGGGAGGUUGAUGCUGAUAUUCAGCGAAUACCACUAAAGUUGCCAAAUGGCAAGGUGACGUAUGUACACGAAGGCUUCCUGAAGGCUUUAGAACAUAUUUUGCCUCACGUGAAACGGUGGGUGGAUGGCUACAUCUUCGGGCUUUUCGAGGCCAUUCCCAGAGAUUGGAAGUUGAUCUUCACGGGCCACAGCUUGGGGGGUGCCUUGGCGGUCCUGGCGGCGACGAAAGCGCAUUUGGAGAGAUGGCCUCGGACUCCUGAGGCUGUGGUCGCUUUCGGUGUUCCCCGCUUUGCCGAUGCGGCCCUUGAUGAGUGGUGGCGUGAAGAGGAUCUCUGCCAAACCCUGCUCCGUGUGAAUACCUACAACGACAUGGUGCACGUCAUGCCCUUCCAGAAGAUGUGGAGUGCUCUCAACGUUGCCACAGGUGCCUAUGACUGCUUCACACGGCCCGUGGACUGCAUAAGACAGUCUACGAAGCACGUGCAACAUGCGCUUACUCACCACUCGGAAGGACUUGGUUUGAUAAUCAGUGAUCAGUGGGCACACGUGUGUCCAGAGAGUGAGAUUCUGGUUCCAAGCCGUGUAAAGGGAGUCAACGAGCAACUGGAGGAGUUGUCUUUGUUUGGAGGUGUACUCGCUCAUCUGAACGAGAACUGCCUAUAUGGAUACAUCUAUGGAGUCAUGCACAGCAACAUCUCUGCUUUCGACAAGUAUUGCAAGGUUUCCCCUUCGGUCUGUGCAAACCUGUCACAUCUUGGACCGUAA